AUGUUGGUUGACAUGGGCGGUGACAUCAAAUACCAAUAUCCUUCUUUGGAAAAUUGGCUCUCGACAACGGAAAGUGCCGAUUUUUUCAUUUGUUCUACAAAAGAUGCUGCUCACGUUUUUGAGUUUGCGUCUUCGUCAGUCUUCAAUAGUCAAAUGGAGAAGAUAUCCUAUCGGACACCAACAUGCCGGGUUCAAACACUCAACCAUGCGAUAACCGCAGCACUGCAACAACGCAGGGACGCUUAG